CCCCUCCCCCUCCCGUCCUCGCACCCCUACCACACAACAUGCGCGCCACAUCGGCCGACGCGCCCCGGCUCGCCGACACCCCGGCUGAGGAGCCCGACUUCCUCGCCCCGGUGUACCGGACCCCACAAGCCUUUGGCGUAUCGCUUCGCUGGACCCCCACAACGGCCGCCAUUGCCGGGGAUCUGGCCAGCGACCUGGCCUCCGGCUUUGAGACCGCCUCGGCUGCCGCCGUCACUCUGACACACCGCGGCCAAACGGUUCAUCGCGACUGGCUGACCUCCCUCGAGGCGUCCAUCUCCUCCUUCAAGUCCGGCGAGAGUGUCUCGUCGGAUCUGGACACGCUUCGGAAGAUCUCCACCCUAUCUGGGAUUCCUCUGCGCCGACUGUGCGCCGGGGAGGCCGGCGGCCUUGAAUGGCCUGCCCCGGUCCGUGUUCACCGGGACCCUCAGCUGGUUGCCCGCUUGCAAAAACUCCGCGAUCAGCUCGAUGCCACGGACUACGCCCAGAUGGUGGGCAAGGGCAUCCGCAAGCGGACCGGUGAUUUGGCUGGCACGUCUGCUCCAAUUCAGGGCCCCUCGGACACGACCAACAUUUUGGACAUCAGUGAAAUCCGCACUCAAAGCCGGCAGAUCACUGCCAUCAUCAAUAUGAUGUUCAGUGUCCUCGGUGUCGGGGGUGCGGUCUUUGCGGCCUCCAAGUAUGCCUCUGGCGAUAUGGCCAUCCGUGUACUGCUGUCAAUCCUCAGUGCCAUCGUCACUGCCGUGGCAGAGGCCUGGUUCAUUCUUCGGUACACCAACAUCCUGGACAUGAGCGACGGCACCACGACCGCGUCCAGCAAGCCGGCCCCCGGGAGGAGAAUUGCCUCUUCGGCGUCUCGGUCCCACACGAAGCCCAAGGACCAGUAGACAAUGGAUCAUCCUGCCUUUCUUGAAGGAGAAGGCCGAAUAGACAGCCCUGGAUUACAGC